CCGCCGGCUGCUGACUAACUGAGGCCGGGGCUUCUCCUCAUACAUCGCCGCCGACUGCUGACUAACUGAGGCGGGAGCUGACUGACGGACGGACUCGACUGACUGACGCUCGAGACGCUUCUAGACGUUUCCAGCGGCAGUCCUGCUGCUCAAGAUGGCGGCGGCGAGCCUGAGGAGAAGCGGCGUCUUGCUGUUGCUGCCCUGGCGGGCGGCCUGCCUACAGGCGACACGCAGCGCCCAGACCGCAGCAGCGGCUGCACCUGAAGCAACGUCUCUCAUGAAGAAAUUUGCAAUUUACAGAUGGAAUCCGGAUAAACCCGGAGACAAGCCCCGCAUGCAAACCUAUGAGCUUGACCUCAAUUCAUGUGGUCCAAUGGUACUAGAUGCUCUUAUCAAGGUCAAGAAUGAGAUGGACUCAACGCUAACGUUCCGCAGAUCUUGCAGGGAGGGAAUCUGUGGCUCCUGUGCCAUGAACAUCAAUGGGGGAAACACGCUGGCGUGUAUCUGCAAAAUUGACACCAACCUCGACAAAGUCUCCAAGAUCUACCCCCUGCCUCAUAUGUAUGUGGUAAAGGAUCUCGUUCCCGACCUCAGCAACUUCUAUGCUCAGUACAAGUCAAUAAAACCCUACCUGCAGAAGAAGGACGAAUCUCAAGCAGGCAAGGACCAGUAUCUGCAGUCAAUUGAGGACAGACAGAAACUGGAUGGUCUAUAUGAGUGCAUCCUCUGUGCCUGCUGUAGUACCAGCUGCCCUAGUUACUGGUGGAAUGGAGAUAAAUACUUGGGCCCUGCCGUGCUGAUGCAGGCAUACCGCUGGAUGAUCGACUCCAGGGAUGAUUUCACAGAGGAACGCCUGGCUCAGCUACAGGAUCCCUUCUCUCUCUAUCGCUGUCACACUAUAAUGAACUGCACACAGUCCUGCCCAAAGGGUUUGAAUCCAGGUUUAGCAAUUGCUGAGAUUAAGAAGAUGAUGGCAUCAUAUAAAGCCAAAGCUUCGGCGGCAUAGUAAAAGUAUGUGUCUGGAUUUGUCUAUAUGGUGUAAUUAUUGUAAAUCUAGAGUGUCCAAUAAAGCAUUGGAGUUAAAGCAUUGGUUACUGGGGGGGGGGGGGGGAGGUUGAUGAUUUUGAGUAGAGUGUAGAAAGAUUUUCCUCACAUCUGCAUUAGAUUUAAUGAAAACUAGAAGAGUUGAAAGUUUCAUGUCUUGAGUUUAACUGCCAAUGAUUGAAAGUGAAAUCCAGAAAGAGUGAAGGGCCUGUCCCACUUAAGUGAUUUCUUUCGGUGACCUGUCGGCACCCGUCAUAGUCGCAGCAGGUCGCUGAAAAAUGUCAAUAUGUUGAAAAUCCAGCGGCGACCAGAAAAAGGUACGACUCUGGCCGACUACUCACCGCCAAACAGGCGUCACGAGGUGCAACUAGGACGGGUGCUGGCAAGUUGUGUGAGUGGGACAGGCCCUUGAGAGUGUACAGAUUUACAUGUUAGAGUAAAGGGCCUGUCCCACUGUAUGAGGUAAUUCAAGAGUUCUCCCGAUUCAAGCUCAUGUAAUGUACGUAGCGGGUACGUAGGAGCUCGUGGAUGUCCGGUACUCGGGAAAUCCGGUAAACUCGUGACGUUUUUUUCAACUCUGAAAAAUGUCCACGAGUAAAAAAAUACUCGUGAUGAAAAAAAAUGGUUACUUUUUACUCGCUACGUACAUUACACGAGCUCGAAUCAGGGGAGAACUCGGGAGAACUCUUGAAUUACCUCGUACAGUGGGACAGGCCCUUAAGUUGUUCAAUGGUAGGGAGGUGAAGGGAGCCAGCAACAUUUAGGAGAGAUCUUUGUCAUUUGUUUUCAGACUUCUCCAAUUACAGGUGGAAGGUGCAAGAGUGUGAUUGUGAAUGAAAUAGCUGAAGCACAGAAAUAAAGUCUUUAUAUACUGUACAGUCAAACAUCUCGUGACAUUGCUUUGUAAAAGUAGCACAGUAAAAUGUAACAGCACUUGUCCUGAAAACUGUACAUAAUGUCCAUUAUAAAAAUCAAUUACAAAGUC